AUGGUCCUCCAUUUCUUACGACUGUUUCUUUUUCGUCAACCCAGUUGUCUGUCCCUAUCCGUGGAUGAACAGUUGUUAGCCAAUGAGACCACCGCCCGCCUACUCUACGCCCAGGCUCUCACGGACUUGCGUUUGGGCUCGAGGAACCCUCUGCCUCCACUGACGCCCAACUUCUCCGACUUCCCCUCUGAGCAUCUGAGAUCUUCAACAUGCUGGCCCUCCUCGGUGACCUUGCCUGAGUCGCUGCCUCUUGAGGACAUUCGGCUUUCAAUUUUCCUCCUCCUUUCCCUCAUUCCUCUGAGGAUGCUUUCUUUACAGGCAACCUUGCAUUGGUGUCAUACAAGCGUGCCCCUCUACGGCUGCAUGCCAGUCCACUUUUGUCUGACCACCCUGCGGGAUUCCAUGGUUGACGCAGGAUUUCUCUCCUCCAACCCCACGUCGCCCUGUUUGCGCCCCGCCGAUGUGUAUGUUGGUCGUGACGCUCUCCGUGUGGUACUGACCGGCCCGUUUCUGCCUGCUGCUACAUCAGUUAGCACAACAAAAGACGCAGCGGCAAACUCCUGCGCCUCAGAGGAUCAACAGCACUCAGUGGCCGUUGCUUACGCCGGACGCAACCUCAUUUCCCGCGCCCCGCACACCGCUGCUGCACCCACCAGCCCGCCAACCGCCGUCAAGAGUCCUCAACCCGCGGAUCCGUUGGCAACCAGGGACGACAUUCAACCCUCUGCCAAUGGAGACUCCUCCACCGAGGUUGCUGUGCCGCGGUUUUUCGUUGCCCAACUGCAUCAGAUUACCAUCACUUCCGAUAAACAGGAUCAAGUGCGUUUCCCUCUAUCCCCCCUUGAGAUCAUGUCCAGUCGUUUUAGUUAUUUUCUUUUUCCACUUGUGUCUCUAACCUCAUUGAAUUCUCGGUAUCAGACAGCUGAGGACAUGGAUCCGCGUCCUGUGUGCAUACACAGAUAG